UCUGACGAGGAGGAUUCCGCCUUCCCACGCUCAUCGCGCGUGUCGCUUGGGUUUGUUGAUGUUGAGAUUGAGAGAUCUGACGAUGAGCCAACGGUAGAGGACUCGUUCAUCGGGGGACAGCCUGUUUGGUUCGACGGCUCCAGGCCAGACGACUCUCUGUUGAAAUGUAAGAACUGUAUCAGCCCGAUGGCUCUGAUCUUGCAAGCAUAUGCGCCUCUGGAGGGCUCGUACUACGACAGAAUCAUCUACGUGUUUGGGUGCAAGAAGUCCGAGUGUAAUAGAAAACCAGGCUCAAUAAGGGCGCUGAGGGCACUGUCCAAGGACCCAAAACGUAUGGAGGAGCUGAAGCAGGAGGAUCUAAACCAGCAGCUGGACUCCAAACUGAAAGUUGACGAGGGAAAGAACUUCCUGUUUGGCACAGAUGGCAAGGUAACGGAAGCACAGGCGAACCCAUUUGGUGGUAAUCCGUUCAGCUCUGCGGGUUCUAACCCAUUUGGUGCUCCAGACUCAAACCCAUUUGCAAAGAAGGAAGAGGAUGUCAAGGACUAUGCCUCUGUUGCAACGAAAGCAGCACCAGCGAAGCCACUGAAGAAGCAAGAAGCCACUGACGGUGCCAAUAAGGUGAAGGAGCUACCAGAAUACCCAGGCUACUUCCUCUACGUUGAUGAGGAGAAGUUUCAGAAGAAGCAGCACUCAAAGAAACUGCCUGAUAACGUACACAUCAAUGACUCUGCACUGGACUUUGAGAACGAGGUUGGUGGCUCAUCAAGGGAACUUUCAAAUGAACAACAAGCCAUUGCGGCAGGAUUACAGGACAAAUCGUUCCAGCACUUCUCAGAGGUUGUGGAAUACAAUCCAUUGCAAGUGCUCCGCUAUGACAUUGGUGGGUCUCCGCUGCUGUUCAGCUCAAAGGAUGAAACUUCAGUGAAGAUCACCAAAAACCUGGUUCCAAACCCAGGUUACAACCCUUCAAGCUCAAGACAGUUUGAACUACAAGUGAUGCCAAAGGCCAUCAUCGACUUCGAAAGAGAUCAAGUGGAGAUCACUGGAGGCAUCGAAUGGGGGACAAUCAUCGUCUACACGGACAAAGAGGACUACAUGCCAGGUCUAAGCGAUGGUGAUAACAGCAGCCACGUUGGAUACGUGGAGGAAUGGGUCGGUGUUCAAUGGGAA